CUGAAGAAAUCAAGAAGCUGACUAGCUCAGACGAAUUAUUACGUCAAGAGGCAUUGGCUCUAGGUGCAACAGAAGAAGAUAUAAAGUUAUUACGAGAUAUUGAAAGUGACGAUGAAAACAGUGAGAUUGAGUUUAAUGAUGAUUCCAAGUUGGACAAGGAGUUUGGAAAUGAUUUGAGUAAAUUCAUAAAAGAUAUUGGUUUAGGGAAUGGAGAGCCUGUUGUCAUUGAUGAUGAGAGUGUUGAUGAGGCAGAUGGGGAUGACAUCAUUGAGGCAGAUGAGGACGCAUCUUUGAAUGAAGAAAAUGAGGGCACGCCAAGCUCUGAUGAAGACGAAGAGGAAGAGGAAGAGGAAGAAGAAGAAGAAGAAGAAGAAGAAGAAGUCCCCAAGUUAGUUCAUGAUGACAUUGUCAACCCUACAAGCAAUGGUGAUGAUCAAGUGGUUGUCAAACAAGCUGAGCUCAAGAAAACGAAAAACACAAAAGAGGCAAAGAACGGACAAAAUUCAGAUGAAAUUACCGAUUUUUCAAUGGUGUCAAGUGGAAAGCUUGCCAUUCCUAAUAGAUUAGAUUGGUAUAAUAUCUACCCCCUCACCAAUUCCGAAGCUUUGCCUAAACUAGACCGUUUUGCUCGUGAAAGAUUACUCGAGCGCGGACAAAAGGUAUUAGAAAAGGAUAACAAAGUAUACUUGGAAGAAUUUGCUUCCAACUCUUCACAAAAAAAGUUCUUGUCACAAAUCUUGUCUGAUGGUACCUUGAACGAUAAAAUCUCCGCCUUAACUUUGUUGGUGCAGGAAGCUCCACUACAUAACAUAAAGGCUCUUGAUACACUUUUAUCAUAUUGUGAUAAAAAAUCAAGAACUGCUGCAUUACAAUCAAUAGCUGCAUUGAAAGAUCUUUUGCUCAAUGGAUUGUUACCCGACCGUAAAUUGUUUGCCUUUGAUAAACAACCUUUAUCUAAAGACGAGUCUUUGAUGACUGACGCUCAGUUGGCUGUCUUCUGCUUUGAGGAUCAUUUGAAAAUGACGUACUUUAAAUUACUUCAAAUUUUGGAAAGGCUUUUACAGGAUCCAAUUGUUCAUGUUCGAAUGAAUGCCUUAAACCAUGUGUUUGACUUGUUGAAGUCAAAGCCCGAGCAAGAAGUCAAUUUGUUGAAAUUGGGUGUAAACAAGUUGGGUGACACUGACAACAAAGUAUCGGCAAAAGCUUCGUAUUUGAUUUUGCAGUUGGAGCAAACCCACCCAGCUAUGAAGAAAAUUGUCACUGAUGCGGUUAUUGAUGUUAUCUUUCAAAGCACCACCGAUGAUCAUUCCAAAUACUAUGGUGUCACUACACUUAAUCAAACAAUCAUUACUAGAAGAGAAGAAGAAUUGGCAAACUCUUUAGUCAAGACUUAUUUUGCAUUAUUCGAAAAAGUUUUGAUCGAAAGUAAUUCAUUUCCGAAAGCUGCGAAUGAUGCUGAGAAAGACAAGUUGAUUGGAGAACCCCAAAAGGGACGGAAGAAUAAUCGAAAGAAUUUCAAAAAGGGUAAAAAGGGGGGCAGGUCUGUUAAGCAUGAGGAGAAGUCACAGCAAGAGAUUGUAGAAGAAAAAAAUUCAAAGAUGUUUUCGGCCUUGUUGACCGGAUUAAAUCGUGCUUUCCCUUUCUGCAACUUGCCUAAUGAAGUAUUUCAAAAUCAUUUGGACACCUUAUUUAAGAUUACCCACAGUAGUAAUUUCAACACCGCAAUACAAGCCUUGGUUUUAAUAAACCACAUAAUUUCCAAGCAGGAGUUGAAUUCUGAUAGAUAUUACAGAACAUUAUAUGAGUCAUUACUAGACUCAAGGUUGGUGACUACUUCAAAACAAGGUAUAUAUUUGAACUUGUUGUACAAGUCGUUGAAAAACGACUCUGCCAACAUUCAACGAGUCUUGGCUUUUGUCAAGAGGAUAAUGCAAGUUAUAGCUCAUUGGUUGAAUGUGGGAGCUAUUGCCGGUAUGUUGUACUUGCUUAUGGAAUUGUCUAAAUCGAUGCCUGAAAUCGGCGAUUUGUUGAUCGAUGUCAACUCAAGACCUGACGAAGAGAAAGGCGAUGAAGCAAACAAGGAAGUACUGGCAGAUGUGGAGGGCUCAUCAAAUAGAACUGAUUCAAUCUCCGUCAAACAAGAAAGUGUUUACGACCCAAAGAAACGUGAUCCAAAUUAUGCCAAUGCCGACAAAUCAUCACUAUGGGAAAUUGACUUAUUUGUCAACCAUUUCCAUCCAACAGUGUCACUUUACGCAUCCUCUUUUAUUGAUGGAACUCCCCAGACCAAACCAGAUUUAGGAUUAUAUACCUUGGCUCAUUUCUUGGAUCGAUUUGUGUACAAAAAUGCCAAGCAAAAACCACAGACAAAGGGAUCUUCAAUCAUGCAACCUUUGGGUGGAGCGCAUACGGGAGAGUUGUUGGUGAGAUCAACCAAUGUGUUGGAUAAUUCUAUGCCAGCUAAUACUGAAAACUGGUUGAACAAAAAGGUCGGUGAUAUCAAAGCCGAUGAGCGUUUUUUCCAUCAAUAUUUCACCACUAAAGUGAACAAAUUGAGAAAGAAAAAAGAGGAAGAGAAUGAAGGUAAAGAUGAUGGUGGCGAUGAUGAGGAGGAUAUGGAUGAAAAUGACAUUGACGACGACGAAGUUUGGAAAGCAUUGGUAAAUUCCAGGCCCGACGUUGAAGCCUCAUCGGGUGAUGAAAUGUCUGAUCUUGAUCCAGAAGAUUUUUCCGACUUGGAUGAUGACGAUGAAGAAGAAGAAGCAGAGCUUCUGCAAGAAGACGGUGAUCUUGAAGAUGAUUUUGGUGAUGGAGAAAUUAAUGAGUUUGACAGACAACUUUCAGCAGGUAACAAUGUUGAUGAAGAUGACGAAUCUGAUGGCGCAUUUAAUAAAUUUAUUGAUGACGAGGCAGAAGAAGAUUUCGAUGACGAGUUUGACGAAGACGAAGCAAAAAUGUUCAACGUCAAUGGUGACGAUGAGUUGUCAGACUCGGAAGAUGAUAUCAAGAUGUUGGAGGAUAUCGACUUGAGUGGAAGUGAUAGCGACAAUGAUAAAGAGGCAGUACAAGAGAAAGAGAAGCAAAGUAAGAAACGUAAGAGUGAGAAGGAUGCUGAUUCUUCUACGUCAAAGAAAAGGUCGAAAAGGCCAAGGAUUAAAGAUUUGCCAUUAUUUGCAUCAGCUGAAGACUAUGCCGAUAAGUUAUAG